CAUAUGUGUGGCAGAAAACAGAGAGUGAAAACCUAAUCCACCUUCUAGAUUCACAUUUACUGAGGAGCAUUUGAAUGUUUUUAUCGUCACACGUUUUUUGUUUUUUUUUAUUUUGGGAGGAGGACAGCUGACAUAUGUAUAUGACUCGUGGAUGUUAAUGAUUUAUAUUUAUAGUGACGAUUAUCACUAGGAAGGGGAACAAGAGCCAAAGGUCUCUUCAUAACAUCAUAAGGAGGAGAAAGCCUUCUGCCGCUUUCGGUUGCCAUGGAGUGGAUCCCUGGAGGCUUCCUACUGUUUUGUGUCAUUGGCCAAAUUGUUGCAAUAAACAACAGUCCUUCAAUAAGCAGCACAUCCGCUACUGUGUGUGAGGACACGCCUAAGGGUGAAUUUGCUUUCAAAAUAAAUGCAACGGAUACAGAGAAUGAUGUACUGACAUAUUCGCUCUCUGGACAAAAUGCCCAAUACUUCACUGUUGACCCUAUGACUGGAAAUGUGUAUAUUUUGAUUCCACUCGAUAGGGAGGCAAUCGAUAUAAUGUAUCUUGACGUUUCGGUUUCAGACGGUAACACCGCUACUCCGAAACAGCUAAUCAUAAUUGUAAAGGAAGCCAAUGACAAUAGGCCGAUAUUUCAAGGAUCGAAUUUCGACAUCCUAGUGGAUGAGAAUCAUGAAAUAGGUACAAGUCUUUUCCAGGUGAAGGCUACUGAUGAUGACAUUUUACAAGGUGGUCAGAUUCAAUACAGUAUUGGUGAUGCUACUCCAAGUCAUGGAUUAAAUCUGUUUAGUAUUUCAAGCGCAACCGGUCUUGUCACAUUGACUGGGCAGCUAAAUUACACUGGAUUGAGUAACUAUUAUCGGCUGAAGAUUGUUGCAACUGAUGGUGGGGGCAAAUGUUUUUAUAGUGAGCCUAAUUAUCACUCAAGCAUUGUAUACUAUUUUAUUACUGUUGUGGAUGUCCCGGAUCUCGAUCCCAAGUUCUUGGGCCUUCCCUACAUUGCGAAUGUUGAGGAACAUUCAAGGCUGGAACAUCCAGUGUAUACAGUGGAAGCCAUAGAUCAGGACACUGGAAUAAAUGAUGAAAUAAUCUACAGCAUUGAAGAUUCUUCUGAAGAUGGUCUCUUUCUAAUAUCGAGUGAUAGUGGCAUUAUUUUUGUUGCAACGACAAUUGACAGAGAAGAAAUUGGUGAUACUGUUACCUUGACUGUCAAGGCCACUGAGUCCAAGCCAAACAUUCAUGGAGUACGCGCCAGCGCUAUGGCUUCGGUACAGAUCAACAUCAUUGAUAUCAACGACAACAAACCAGAGUUUUACAAGUGUGAAGGCUCAGGACUGCUGCAAACCUGUAAUAAAGAGAACCAGUUUACUGUAAACAUAGCUGAGCACUCACUGGGAACUGUGCCCAUUAACAUGAUGGUCAAGGAUGCAGAUAAGAGGAAAAACAUCGAACUAACCCUGGAAGGAGCUGACAAGGAUGUGUUUUCCGUCGAGCCACAAUUUACCAUUGCUGACAGUGUCGUACAACUUGUGGUUAAAGAGCCACAACAACUGGAUUAUGAAGUAACACAGCAAAUGGUUGUAGAGGUGAUUGCCAGCGAUCCAGAAGAAAUCAGCUUUGUCUCCACUGCAACAGUUACUAUUAUGAUCGAAGAUAUCAAUGACAACAGUCCCAAAUUCCCAAAGGAUACAUAUUCAAACUUGAAAGUGCCUGAACACUCUGACGUUGGCUCUGUCGUGGCUACUAUCACUGCAGAUGACCCUGACACAAUGGACAAAGACAACAUUACCUACCAGCUUCUCCCUGAAAGCAUACGGGCUUAUUUUGAUGUGGAGCCGCAUACGGGUGUAAUAACUGUGCAAAACAAGACGCUGUUGGAUCGCGAAGUCAGAUCUUUGUUCACUGCGACGCUUCAGGCCAAAGAUUCCGAUGGCAAGCCAGACAACGCUUUGCUAGAAAUCGUAGUGACGGACAUCAAUGACCAGCCUCCAGUCAUUAACAAAGAAUUCUAUCAGGCAUUUGUUGAAGAGGGUUCAGAACUUCAACUCCAAAUAGAUGCGACUGAUGCAGAUGAGCCAGAUACAUUAAACAGUCAAAUCGUGUUUGCCAUAGUACCAAGCGAGUAUAGCAAUUAUUUCAUCAUUGACCCCAACACCGGAGUGUUGAGCAAUCAGGUUGAACUGGACCGCGAGGCUUUGAAUGCUGAGCUGAAAGGGAAAAUUGAGAUCAAUGUUACAGCUACAGAUAAGGGUAUGCCUCCCUUGUCCACUAUGGUCAGAGUCAUCAUCAAUGUAGAGGAUGUCAAUGACAACACACCAGCAUUUAAAAGCAACUCGUACAAAUUCAGUGUCCGAGAGGGGGAAACAGGUGCAUUUGUGGGGACCGUCAUGGCUGAAGAUUUGGACCAGACAACAGACUUUAACAAACUAUCUAUCCGAAUCAUCGCUGGAAGUUUCGACAGUUUCGCCAUUCUCACAACUGCAGAAGAUCAAGUUUAUAUGGGAAACAUCACUGUGGACUUGGAUGUUGAUCUGGACUAUGAGAGUCCUCGGAAGAAAUACAUGUUGAAAGUAGAAGCCACUGAUCUUGGACAGAAAAAAGAUGUGGUGACGGUGGAGGUGGACGUUUUAGACGUCAACGAUGAAAGGCCUGAGUUCAUCCCUUCAAAGCCAGUGAAAGUGAAGGAAAACACAACGUUGACUGAGGCUAUUGGGAAAUUUGAGGCAUCGGACAAAGAUGGAAACCAUUCGCUGAUCUAUGAGUUCGAGUCCCUCAAAUGUAGAUGCAAUGGAUCACUUUCACCUUGUGACUGGUUCAUUCUUGAACCGACAGGAGACAUAGUGGUCAACCCAGAACACAAUCUGGAUUAUGAGCUGUGUGACCAGGCGCUGAUGGAGGCUUGGGUGAUAGACGAGUACACCGAAAAAGGAGAGAACAACAGUCUCGUUGCAGGACAAAUGGUAAUCAACAUUGAAGAUAUCAAUGACAAUGCUCCACAAUUCAUCUUCUCAGAUUCUUCUGUCUAUGUUGUGGUAUCAGAGACUGCAAGCAAAGGGACAUCAGUCGCGAGAGUCACUGCAACAGAUCGUGACACAGGAAUUAAUGCCCAGCUUGACUUUAAAGUAAGUGACGUGAAAUUUGAGGACAUCUUCAAUCAAACAAGUGACACGAUAUUGCUGUUCGAGGUUGUAACCACACAGCAAAAGGAUAUUUACGUUGGGAUUAUUCAAAACACUGAAGGGCUUGAUGUCAAACUGAAAGGGAAAUUUUUGGUAACAGUGUCUGCAACCGAUACUGGCGGCCUUUCCACAAACACUACGCUUGAGAUUUUCACAGUUGACGAAUCUUACAGAGUUUUACUUCAAUUCAGCAAACCCCCAGCUGAGGUGGAAAAAAAUAAGCCUGCUCUCAUCAGGGAACUUACAUCUGCUACCAAAGCAGUGGUUCAAAUUGUUUCCAUAAAGGAAGACACUUCUCAAGAAUCCAGAGCUUCAGUUGGUGCAAUGAUGGUGACAUAUUUUCUCUAUUCCAACGGGACGGCGCUUAUGUCAGAACAAGUGAAGGCAAUGCUGUCUGACCCCAAGCAUUUUCAAGUACUGGAACAAUUAGGCCUCUUGUAUGUGGAUGGCUCCGUUAAUGAAGAAACACCAGAGUCUGACACUAUCAAAUUCAUCCUUUAUGGCGUCAUUGCAGGUUCCCUCAUUGUACUUGUUGUCCUUAUUACUUCACUGGUGUGCACCCGCAGAAACUACAGGAGGAAGCUCAAGGCAGCACAUGCUAUGAAUUCUGCAAACAUGCUGGCAUCUGACAACCUUAAAAGUGGCCCUGUGGUGCCAGGGACCAACAAAUACACCAUGGAGGGGGCAAACCCGGUUCUCAAUCUUAACAUUGACUCAGCCAUGGAUUUGGACCUGGACGGAGAAAGUUCAGAUGUUGACAAAGUCAGCCUUGACUCCCUGACCUACAGCAAUGACAAGAACUCCUUUGAGAAGGAUACAAAAGCCGUUAUGCAGAAAAUCCAGGAAGAGGAGGAUGAAAGCCCCCACGAAUACAUCGAACCUUUGGGUGCAGCGUUGGCCGAACGAAGCCCGAAAAAAAGUUUAGACAAUCACAGAGAUGGUGUGACUAACCCUGCAUUCAGCACAACAGACUUGUAACGUGACGGUGGAAAUCGAAAAUGUGUAUUAUCUGCAACCAGAAAACCAAACUGACAGUCCAACACAACCUUGGCAAUGUUGGAUGAAUACCUAAAAGCUUCUUUUUUGUUGGGAGCCUUGUAGAAGAUGUAAAAAAUUAAAUGGUACAUUAUUGUGAGUAUUCCUUUUCAGCAAAACUAAAAGAAAAACCAAAAUUUAUACCAUAAUAACAAUGUCAUGAUAACACAUUGGCCUGUACAUUCUUAUUGAAACACAUAUGGCGGUGUUUUUAUGAUUUUUAUAUGUUCUAGAAACCUCUUAAAUUAAGGCUGAAAUAAUUUACAUAUUUUGUCAUGAUAAAACACACUUUAUACUUCCAUGUACUGUAAAUUAAUGCAUCAUUUGGGAUUAACCUACCGCAGUUGUGAUUCACACACACGAGCAAGGGGUGUGUUUAUGGAUCGUGAACUAAACUUGUUUUAUCAGCAUUUCAAUCAUUUAUUUUUCAAUUAACACUUACUGCUGAGACUUUAAACUGAGAAAAAUAUCCCAGCCACAGCAGUGUCAUAACACAUUAAAAGGAAAGAAGCCAUUGGAAAACAAGAUAUUUUGUGCAGAUAGUCAUUUUUAUUUUGGUCAAUGUGUUAUAAAACAGAUUGAAAACUGUCUUGCUUUCAAAUGAACUUUGUCAUCAGAGCAACACCCAGUUUGACUGAUGUUACCCUUUGACAUAAAAAUGUGUAUCACAUUGCCUCAGCGGAUGACACAGGAUUGUAAUUUAGCUGAUAAAAUGUUUUAAUAUACCUUGUUUGCCGAUGUUUACAUUUUGUAUGACUUCCUGCAGCGUGAGAUAAACACUAUAGAAGCACAGAAAAACAUAGGCAAAUAUAAAUGAAUGUAUAACAUUGCUAUAUAUGAAUAAACUAAUACCUCAAAUGUAGAAGUGAAGAAUUGUUUGCACAACAAUAGCACAGACUAACACUGCUGAAACCAAACUAUAUCAAAGGUAAGAGAGAAAGCGACAAGAUUGCUUUAUUUUCAAUCACAAAUAAGUAUAAAUGGCAAACACGGCUGUAAUAAUGUCAUAAUUUCUGAUCAUGAUUGUGCUCUU